AUUCUCGUCGUUUUCAGUCUAUAAAAGCUUGGUAGCUGGUUUCUCCUCACUACUCAUCAGCAGAGACAAUGAGUAAAGUAGCCAAACAGGAGCUCGUUAAGGAACCGAAAAUAGAGGAAAUGGAGGAUGAAAGGACAGAAGAACUAAAACAACAUUCUCCUUUAAUUUUUUGUAUAGACUUGCAUUGUAUAGGAUGUGCCAAGAAGAUUGAGAGGACCAUUUCAAAGAUAAGAGGGGUAGACAGAGUAAUGAUAGGUAUGGAGCAAAACCAAGUGACAAUAAGCGGAGUGAUCGAACCACAAGCAGUGUGUGCCAGGAUUGUUAAGAAAACAAAGAGAACAGCAAAAGUAUUUUCGCCUUUGCCACAAGCUGAGGAUGAACCUAUUCCUGAAGUUGUUUCUUCACAGGUUAACAGAUUGACGACAGUUGGGCUUAUUGUUAACAUGCAUUGUGAAGCAUGUGCCAAACAGCUUAAAAGAAAGAUUCUAAAAAUGAGCCUAACCAUUUGAGUAGGCGGAUUCAGAAUUUUAAGUUAGUACAUGUGAAAUGUCACAAUAAGUAUAACUUUUGUGUCUACUAAUAAUCUUCUUCAUGAUUAAUUUAGGGGUGAGAACCGCGGAAACAGAUCUGACCUUAGGGAAAGUAAUUGUAAAAGGAAGCAUGGACGCCAACAAGCUCGUUGACUAUUUAUACAGACGAACUAAAAAGCAGGCCAAAAUUGUCCUUCAACAUGAACCCCGGAAGCAUAAGGAAGAACCAAAGAGUGAAGAUCCAAAUCCAGAUGAAGAAGCUAAGAAACUCGAAGAGGAAGACAAGAAAGAAGGUGGCGAAGACAGUAACAUGGCAUCAGAAGGAGAAGAAAUCAUCAAUAAGAUGAUGUAUUAUUGCCAACCACUUUAAGUCAUUGAAAAAAUCCCACCUCCUCAGCUCUUCUCCGACGAAAAUCCUAAUGCAUGUUGCAUAACGUAACCAAUAAUAACAGGUGCGUGAAAGAUCAUUUUCAUCUAUUCAAAUUGUAAGUGAUCAUAGGAGAUCAUUUUCUCGGAGUUUUGUGAUAUCUGUGGGAUGAGACUCUCCUAUUUUCUUAUGCAUUUUUAUGUCAGCCAAUGCAAUUUCAUCUUUCCCAAUUUGAUUCUACAUAUAAAACAGGGGUGCAAGCACCAUAAUGCCAGAGGAAAAGAACAAAAUUUACAUA